GAAGCGAAUUCGAAUUUAGUCUGCUGCAAACCAAACAACCAAUGUCGGUCAGGUCGAAUGUUGUCAACAAAACGAAGUUUGGUAGACCCCCUAUAAUUGUGGAAAAAUAGGUUUUUGUUUAUAUAGCAGUGUAUGUCCAUAAGUCCAAUAAUAGUUGGCAUUGGGUACACCAAUUAAGUAAGGCCAUUUAAAAACAGUUCUACCUGUAGUUGAAGAAGAACAAGUAAAGCAAUAAACAGGUGCUGAGACAAUAUUGUAUACUCAGCCGAAUUUUGCCGAAUAUUGUUCUUAAGUGUUGGCUUAUUUUAAAUCUCGGUUUGAAGUGAUGGAAGUUACAAAUGUAUUUGGGUCUGUGAUCCUUAUACACAUAUUCAUAUAUUGCUUCGAUAGAUAUCUGAAGAGAAACAAUUCACAGAGAUACCUGAACUUUCUAUCUGUGACUCCUAUUCAAAUUGAUUUCAUGAGUUUACGAUGGACUACAUCACUGUUUAAUAAAAAAAUUAGCAACUGGGCAACAAGGAAAAAAAAAAAAUUAUGUUGGUGGUAUAGUCUUGGAACAAUGAUUACCAUUUUGCUUUGCAUUCCUUCAUUGAUCCUGUUGGCCAGCACAGCUGUUGUAAGUUUUGAAAAUAUAAGACAACAUAAGAAUGAAGAAGCCAUACUUCAACCUGUUGUUCCAGGAGUCAAUUUACCCUCAACCGAUUUACCAUACUAUUUAAUUACACUCUUAGUUUGUACAAUUGUUCAUGAGACAGGUCAUGCUUUAGCUUCUGUAAGUGAGCAGAUCCCAUUGAUAAGUUUUGGCCUUAUUGUUUGGCUUGUUCUUCCUGCUGCAUUUGUUGAGUUGCCAACAAAGGAUGUGACUAGCCUUUCUCCAUGGAAGCAACUAAAGAUCUACUGUGCUGGGGUUUGGCACAACAUUGUCUUAUCAAUAGUUGCAUUUUUUAUUGUGACGUCUCUGCCCAUCUUGCUGAUGCCAUUAUUUCAAACCGGGGUCGGAGUUUCUGUUCUCAACUUAGAUGGGUAUUCAGUAGGUGGAUAUCACGAUUUUCAAAUUGGAGAUCAAUUGACAGGUGUCAAUGGUUGUCGUGUUACAGAGGACAACACUUGGGAACGAUGUUUGGCGGCUAUUUUACAUGCAUCUUCGUCGGGUUUCUGUGUUAAUAAUGCAUAUCUUUCGAGUGUCGUAGCCAAUGAUCAAUUAGGCUGCUGUAAUAACUCAGAAUUAAGUCAGUCACAUUUGUGUUUCCUUUCAUCAUCUGAUUCAAUCUCAAGAAAUCGCUACUGUUUGAGAGCAAGGGAAGUUUCAGAAUCAUCCACAGCUUGGUGUUCCAAUCAUCAAGAUUGCUUUCAUAACCAAUCAUGCCUUAAACCAUUAUUUCAUUCAGAAUUAGAAAACGAAACUGAUUCCUCGAGGCUAAUACUGAUCCAGCGAAAGAAUGCCGCCUCUAUAAUUUUUGUAGGCCAUCCUGACGAGAUUUACCGAUCUGUUUCUGUAUCAAACUACGUUCCUAGGACAUUUAUUGGUCCUAAAUAUGUUAAUGUGAUAUUCCACUUAAUGUGGUAUUUGUUUUCUUUUUCUGCUGGUUUGGCUGUCUUAAAUGUUGUUCCUUGCAUUUAUAUGGAUGGUCAGUAUAUUGUGGGAGCACUUACAGAAAUGGUAUUUGAAGGUUGCGAAAGUGGUUCAAUGAAACGGCAAGCUCAACGCGCCCUUAUUUUCUCCGGAACUUCUCUUGUUAUCGUCAAUAUUGCGUUUGGUUUGCUUUCAUUGUUUUUGUAAUAAUUCAGGUUUGAAAGAUUCCUGUAUCCUGCAUUAAAAUACAUUUUUCAGGGAUGGUAAAUCCCUGGUUAAUGCACGAAAAA